AUGAGCCACUCGAUGCGGGCGCGGCCCACGCUAUUCCAGAUGUUUGGGGGGUUGGUCAGGGCAGCACAGACAGGAGGGUGUGGCUGCGGGGGGAGAGUUGAGGCCACGGCGGCGGCAGCUGCCGUGCGCGGCGUGCGGUUCAUGAGCGGCGCGGUGGAAGAGGCGACAGAAGAGCAGUCUAGGGCGCCGCAGCGGCACCCCAGGGGACAACAACCGGCCGGUCACGGUGAGCGGUUCUGGGUGUGGCAUCACAUUGCGACCAACAUGGUGGUUUACUCGUUGACCCCUGUGCUGGACAUAAAUAAAGCCAAGAGGCAGUUUGCCUUUACCGGCAAGAAGCUCGUGCCCGCCAAGAUCCGCAAGGACUACUGGCGGCCGCUGGCCAUGGUCGAGCUGGGCGCCGGCAAGGGCGAAGUUGGCCGCAGCGUCUACCAGAAGCUGCGUGAACUCAAGAAGCGCCACGAGCUCGAAUGGGAGGACGAGCGCCUGCUCAACCUGCCCAAGAAGCUGCGUGGUAUCGAGCUGAACGACAUGCGCGGCAACUUUGUCGCCGACCUGGCGUAUGUCUGCGCCGGUCACGGCAAGGGCAACCUCGUGGUGGUGAAGGAGGAGGAGGAUUCUAAGGUGAAGAAGAAAAAGUCCAAGAACAGCAAAGUUGUCCAGGCUAACCAGGCGGGCGAGAACAAGGCUAUCGAGCAAGAGCAGCAACAGCAGGAGGAGGAGAAGGCGAAUAAGGCCCCCAAGCUGCACACCGUCACCGUAUACUGGGCCAACGAGCAGGAUAAGUACUACGCCGAGUCGUGGACCGACAACGUCACCCACAUCGUCGGCAUUCCGGAUUACCUGCCCGGCCCGAAGACCAAGACGAUGGCGACGCUUAACCUGUCGGCCGAGGCCGACGCCCGGUCACAGGCAGAGGCUGUCGCGACCGCCUAA